AUGGCUACCAAUUCCAGCAGCAUUUCUCAAGUGCACCAGUGGUCGCGUCCAUCUUCUACCUGUAUUCCAUGGCUUGUUGUGCUCAGCACUGAAUGUCUGGCCAUAGCCAUCCUUAACAUCGUCACGAGUACUGUAUUUGUCAAGCAGCAGAGGCUACAACGCCGGAGUAAAUAUUUGAUCAUAAAUCUGACCAUAGUUGACUUGUUAGUCGGAGCAGUCUCAGGGCUGAUGCAGAUUCAUUUAUGCAUGGUUUGGUGUCACGGAGAACUGGAAAUUCAUUGUAGUCGUCGUCCUCAACACCAUAGUGCAGCCGGUCGGAGGGAAAGAAAGCUGACGAGUACAUUGUUUCUUGUCACCUGUGCAUCAUUAUUAACUUUUCUACCAAUACUUAUUUGGGAAAGUACGAUUACAUUUCAUGUCAUGGCCUUUCUAAAAUGGCCCACAAUUUUUCAAAUUUCCAUCACCAUACUAACAUUAUUCUUGGCCAACUCGCUAUUAAAUCCUAUACUCUAUGCAGUGCGGAUGCCGGAAUUUAGGGCAGGUAUAUCGAAAAUGAUAUUCUGCAGCACGCCCCAAGUCCAGCGUAAUCAGGCCGAAUAUCCACUUCGUAAUCUUUAGUUUAGAGUCCGGUUGAAUAAAGGGCGGAGAACGCUAUCCAAUCGAUAAAUCGCUAUCCAGUAAUAAC